AUGCGUUUCACCAGCGUCUUUGCUCUCCUGGCCGCCUCGGUCGCCGUCGCUCAGUCUGCAGAUGAGACCACGACGACUCUGACCUCGACCACAACCAAGACAGUCACCAUCACCAAGUGCAACCCAACCAACACCGCUUGCCCCUUGUACACGCCGACGUCGACCAUCGUCCCGACCAUCAACUCGACGACUUCCACCUCGACGACGACGUCGUCCUCUUCGUCAUCGUCCUCGUCCUCUUCGUCGUACUACUACCCGGCUUCCAACUCGACUGGCUUUGCCGGUCCGACCGCCUCCGCUCCUUGGACCAAGUCUUCCGCCCUGCCCAUCAAGACAUCGGCCGACUCAUCCGCUGCUCCCACCGCAGGCUCCGCUGUGCCCUCGGCACCUGCCAGCGCCGGCUCUGGCAUUCUUGUUCAGAACGGCCUCCUGGCCGCACUCGUCGGUCUCGUCGCCCUCGCCCUCAACUAA